GACAUUCCGGGCAGCGCCGCGGGCAGCCGGCCACUGGGGCCCUGACGGAGGGCGCGCCGCCGAGAGAAGCCGCCGAGAGAGAGACCCCGGGCUGCCCAUCGCGGCCGCGCGCGAAGCGGACGGCAGAAGACGUGUCCGCGGGCAUGGGCCGCUUCUCGCCGGAGCCGUGCCUGCUGCAGCUCCUCAGCCUCCCGGGCCUGGCCCUCGCCGCGGCCCUGCUGCUCCUGGUCCUGUGUCUGCGCGCCCAGCGGACCAGGAGACCUGGUGAGCCUCCAUUGAUAAAAGGCUGGCUUCCUUACCUUGGAGAGUCCCUGAAAUUACAAAAAGAUGCAUUAGGUUUCUUGAAAACUCUUCAAAAGCAACAUGGUGACAUUUUCACCAUUCUCCUUGCGGGAAAGUACAUAACAUUUAUCCUGGACCCUUUCCAGUUCCAGUCAGUGAUGAAAAAUCAGAAAUUAAGCUUUCGAGUGUUUAGUAAUAAAAUAUCAGUGAAAGUAUUUUCCAUAAAAAAGUUGAUAACCAAUGAUGACCUGAACAACGAGCUUCACGUCUGCUAUCAACUUUUAAGAGGGAAAUCUUUGGACGUACUCAUGGAAAACAUGAUGCAGAAUAUAAAGCAAGUUUUUGAAUCCCAACUAUUAAAAACUACAAAUUGGGACAUGGCACACCUGUUGACAUUCUGCAGCUCACUAAUAUUUGAGAUCACAUUUACAACCAUACAUGGAAAACUUCUUGCUGGCGAUAGGAAAAAAUAUAUUACUGAGCUAAGAGAAGAUUUGUUAAAAUUUGAUGAUAAAUUCCCAUAUUUAGCAUCAGACAUACCCAUUGAACUUCUAGGAAACGUCAAGUCUAUUCGAAAGAAACUUAUAAAACUCUUGACGUCAGAAAACUUAGCUAAGAUACGAGGAUGGUCAGAAGUUGUUCAAAUGAGGCAAGAUAUCCUGGAGAAAUACUAUAUGCCCAAGGACUUUGAAAUAGGAGCACAUCAUUUAGGCUUUCUCUGGGCCUCUGUGACAAACACUAUUCCAACUAUGUUCUGGGCGAUGUAUUACCUUCUACGGCACCCAGAAGCUAUGGCAAUGCUGCGUGACGAAAUUGACCAUUUGCUGCAGUCAACAGGUCAAAAGAAGGGGUUUGGAUUUUCCAUCCACCUCACCAGAGAACAAUUGGACAGCCUGGUCUACCUAGAAAGCACCAUUCUCGAGGUUUUACGACUAUGCUCAUUUUCGGUCAUCAUACGUUUUGUUGAAGAGGAUUUGACUCUACAUUCAGAGACUGGGGACCACUGUCUGCGAAAGGGAGAUUCGAUAGCCAUCUUUCCUCCAGACUUACACCAUGACCCUGAAAUCUUUGAAGCUCCAGAGGAGUUUAAAUUUGAUCGUUUUGUAGAAGAUGGUAAGAAGAAAACUACCUUUUUCAAAAGAGGGAAAAAGCUGAAGUAUUACCUGAUGCCGUUUGGAUUUGGAAACAGCAAGUGUCCAGGCCGAUUUUUGGCAAUUAUGGAAAUAAAGCAAUUGUUGGUUGUACUUUUAACUUAUUUUGAUUUAGAAAUAAUUGACCAUAAACCUAUAGAACUAAACUGCAGGCGCCUUUUGUUUGGUAUUCAGCAUCCAGAUUCUGAUGUUUUAUUUAGGUACAAAGUAAAAACUUAAAGAAGCUAAAAGGAAAGAAAAGAAAUCUAUCAAAACUAACCUAAAUGUCCUCAGCUCAUCUAUGUGGUUUUAAUUUCUGCAAAUGCAAUUGCUUUGUCUGUUUGUUUAAAAGGUGCCAAUUUCUGUUUGAUCUGAGAUCAAUCUAGUUUGUACUUGGUCACAAAACCCAUCAUAAAAUGAAACAGGAUGGUGGCAUGAAAAUGGACACCGAAAUCAACAUGAUGAUAAACUUAAAAUAGCCUUUUUAAGUUUCUGCGUAUUGUGAUUUCCAGCUGUCAUGGUAAAUGUGCCUUCACAUCAAUAGAUUUGGCACCGUGGGAUUUGUCACUCGAAUUCUUCUCUAAUAUGUAAAGAUACACUUUAUGUACUACUGGAUAUUUGUGCUGGAAAUGGACACAGUCUAACAAAUUCCAAGUUUUCAGAGAGGAAGGAAAUUAAAUUUCCAUGAGAUGUACUGGAUGAAAAUGUUCCCUUCAAGUAUAAUGUCGAUAAUAUCUAUGUCGCCAGGGUACGUUUGCAUUAAAUGAGUUUUGCAGUAGAUUAAAUGCUUUAGCUUCACUUCAAUAUUUAACCAUCCAUAAAUGCUCUUUAUUACUUUGUAUACUAUGGCUCAAUAGAACAAAAUUUCUUGUUAUAUAAGAACACUCCUGUUCAAGUUAGAUACUGAUAAGAUUUAUUGUAUAGGAACACACAAAACCUAUUAUAUGUUCAGCAAUUGCCCUAGACAUUAGUAUUAGGUUUAUUGUAGGAGGAAAUGUUGAAAUCAUUACAGGAUUGAUUGUAGCAUUUGGCUUUAGUAUAAACGAUAAAGGUUAUGCUAGUAUUGCAAUUAACUCUCUCCUAAAUGCUUCCAUUUAUAUAAAAUGAGAAACUAGAUAGCAGUAUUUAUUAUCGACAUUGGCCCUUUUGGACUUGGAGUUUAUUUGUAUUAUUUUGAACUACAACAUUAUGUAACGCAGUAUAAUUUCACAUGCCGUAAUGCAGCAUUGUGUCGAUGAUUCAAAGAUUUCUAAUAUCAGAUCACCAAGUGGUUGUCUGGCAUCCGACAUAAAUGAUGCUGCUGUAUAUAAACAGGCAAAGUAGGUAAUAAGACCCAGUUAAUUCAUGCUGCUGUAGUUGGAACUUCUGAUAUUUCAGAAACGUGCUAUUGUUUUUAAAAAGGAAAUUGAUUUUAAAAAUAAUAUUAUAAAAUACUUACCAUACUUAAUAAGUCAAUAGAUUUUCUAGCAUUUAUUUUCUCCUUCCCGAAGUUCAUGCUCUAAAUGUUCCUUAGUGAAGGUCUACUGGUCUAAACUCUGGUUUUGCUUUAUUGAAGGUGUUUUCAUUUUUGCCCUCGUUCUUGAAAGAUGAUUUCAGUAGGCGCACAAGUCUGGGUUGACAGUUAUUUCCUCACAGGACUUUGACGAUAUUGCGUGUUCUUAAGGAUUCCAUUGUUGUUGUCAGGAGGUUAGCCUUUGGUCCGUUUAAAUAUUCAGUGGGUAGUCUGCCUCUUUUCUCUGAUGGCUUUAACGUGUUCUCUUUGUCUUUGAUGUUCUUACUUUCUUUCUGUUUAUCCUGCUUGCACAUCAUGGUGCUUCUUGGGUCUGAGAAUGUGUGUCUUUCAUCAAGUAUAGUAUAUUCUCAGCCAAUAUCUCUGAGUAGUACCUCUCUGAGGCUCUGUAUUAGAUCUUCUCACUCUAUACUCCAUGCUGUUUGACCUUUUCUCCUCAUAUUUUCUCUCUAAUUUAUGUUCUAGGUUAUUUCUUUAGAUCUCUCUUCCAGUUUAUUCUCCAUACAGUGUAUCUAAUCUGCUCUUUAACUCAUCCAUUGAGAUUAUUUCUUCCUUCUUUUAUACACCUUAGUUCAUGGUACACAAUUAUAAUUGGUCCAAGCAAGACCCCUCUGAUUUUGUUUACUUAUUCUAUUUUAGCCCUAAUUCCAACCAUCAUAACCUUCCCCAUCAUAGGCAAACAUUCUAAUGUGUUUGAUUUGCAUCUUUUUAUUUGUGUGGUUUUUUUUUUUUUCAUGAGGAGAUCAGCCCUGUGCUAACAUCUGCCAAUCCUCCUCUUUUUUUUGCCGAGGAAGACUGGCCCUGGGCUAACAUCCGUGCCGAUCUUCCUCCACUUUAUAUGGGACACCGCCACAGCAUGGCUUGCCAAGCAGUGCGUCGUGGAGCGCACACACUUAACCACUUGUGCCACCAGACCGGCCCCCUGUGUGUUUUUAUAAAACAUAUUAUCUUGGGUGCAUAUGUUUUUAAUUUACAUAAAUGUAUUUUCUAUAAAUCAUAUUCUUCUCAAUUUUCUUGCUAAGCUGUAUGUUUUUAAAAAUAUAUCCACAUUGCUUUAUAUAUCUAAUCUAUUGCUUCUAAGUGCUGCAUUGUAUUCCAUAAUGUGAAGCCACCAUAUUUUAAGGAUCUAUUCACCCAGUGAUGGAAACUAUGUCUGUGGGACAGUUAAUUUGGGGGAGAUGCCAAAGCAGAACCUAAAAACCCUGCCCCCACCCAUCAUCCCACUGCUGUUCCCAGCCACCCUCACCCUGGGCUACUGCAAACCCUGUCCUCACCGCCCGUCCCCCAACACACACACAGACAUUUAGUCCAUGACAGCCUUCAUUCUCUGAGAUGUUUUAGAUUUGUUCUGUUCCAUCCUCAGAUCCUUAAGACCUCUCUCUUCUGUGGGGUCUCCAGAGUUAAUUUUGAGUCAGAGUGCCAGCUGCCAAUUUGUCACCUUUCAGCUUUUCAAUUCCACUGAGUUUGCUAAAUUCAAUGAUUAUGUUUUCAGUUUGAGAAUUGUCUUCUGUUCUUCAUAUCUGCCUGGUGAUUUUUGAUAAUAUCUUUUUCUUUUUUCAUACAUUCAAUAUCCUCUUUCCUUUCUUUAAAUAUACUAAGAAACCUAUUUUAUAUUCUGUAUCUGAUAUUUGCAAAUCAUCAGUAUUUUGUGGGUCUGAUUUUGUAGUUUGUUUUUCUUUUAACUUUUACUCAAGAUGGCUUAUUUACUAAGCCCAUGUUCCUUGGAAUUUUAUCUCUGGAAAUUUUUUGUGUGUGUCUGUGUGAGGAAGAUUAGCCCUGAGCUAACAUCUGUCGCCAAUCCUCCUUUUUUUGCUGAGGAAGACUGGCCCUGGGCUAACAUCCGUGCCCAUCUUCCUCCACCUUAUAUGGGACACCACCACAGCAUAGCUUGACAAGCAGUACGUCGGUGUGCACCCGGGAUCCAAACCUACAAACCCCGGGCCACCGCAGUGGAGCACACACGCUUAACCGCUACGCCACCAGGCCGGCCCUCUGGAAAUUUUUAAGACCUGAGUUUAAAGUUCACUCCUCCAGAAAGAAUUUGUGUUUGCUUUUGUCUGACUGCUGAUGUUGCUAUUAAAUUCAGAUCACUUUCAAUUUUCAGCUUGAGUAUUUUGAGAGGGGAUGGAGGAUGGGGAUAGGAGCUACAUAGGUAGUGUGGGUUCUAGCCCUAAAUCAGCUACAAUGCAAUCCUAUGAUUAAGAAUAGACAGGAGAGACUUUCUAGGUUUUUCCUCCUUCACCCAGAGCCAUCGCUGAGACAGGCAAGUAUACCGAAUCUUGCUCUGUGGAGCAAGAUUUCUUUCUAGUUCACCUACUAAGGAUGUUGCCUUUGCAAAUUCUUGGCUUUGUGCAGAAGUCUGGGACUUCACACACACACACACACACACACACACACACACACACACACACACCCAGCUUGGGCCCUAGGCUUUAUCUCCUGCCUGCCACAGCAUAGCCCAUUCAUUUUGUGCCAGGACAUCUAGUCCACCAUAUUGCCUCAAGUGGAAACUUCCAUCUUCUUAAAUUCAUCUCAGUAAUAUACUUUUGUGAUGCAACAGCAGAGAGAUCACAGGAAAUUAUUCCAUUCUAAUUUGUUUAAUUUAUAAUUAAAAGUGUAUACAGGAAUUUAGAAUAGAAAGUAAGAAUAAAUAAAAUGGUUGAGAAAAUAUUAUAUAAAAGCAAUAGACAGUAGAACCAAAACAAGAGAGUUAUGUGACAGGCUUAAAUCUAGUAAUUAAAGAGUGUUUAUGAA